AUGGCACCAAGUGCUUCCUUCCGCUCACUCAGAGCCGAUGGCGAGGCUUCGGCUGUGAAGGAGCCAUCCGCUUAUACACCAAGAAGCACGAACGGUACCUCGGGCAAUGCCAAUGGUCACGCAAACGGUGUCAGAAAUGGUGUCGACGCCAUCGACGCCAGGCUUGCGAGCGCGUCCCUGAAUGGCAAGACGAAUGGAGCUCCACACCAAGAGGACGAAUUUCUCAAGCUACCUAGUCCACAGCAAGACAUCCUACUUCUACACGGUCCAAGACAGAAGUACUCCCUGGAGCGAUCGAAAGACAUCCCAGAGCUACAGGGCGACAACGAGAUUCUGGUGCAGGUACUGGCUAUUGGCUUGAAUCCGGUCGAUUGGAAAGGUGCCGACUAUGGCUUUGGUCAGCCGAGCUAUCCUUGGGUCAAUGGCAGAGACUUUGCGGGUAUUGUUGUGAAAGCAUCGAAGAGCUCGAGCAGAGUGGAGCAAGGCGAUGUCGUGUUCGGGCCAUCAACAGACUAUCGCGAUAUUCGGAAAGCUGCGUAUCGAGAGUAUGUGGUGACAACCGACUACAACGUAGCAAGAGUGCCGCAAGACGUGAGUGUCAAGAAUGGAGCAGCAAUCGGCGUGGCCUUCACCGGAGCAUUGGUUGCACUGGGUGUGAGCCUAGGAGUGGACUUCAACGUGACGAAGGGUGGAUCACCCGCUGGCCCAGAUAUUCUACGGCAAGUGCGACACUUACCUUCACGAGACGUGCCAGAAGAUAUCCGAAGCGAAGUCUUUGACGGGAUUUUGAUCUCGGAACGACCUCAGCAAGAUGAAUGGCUGGCAAUCUGGGGCGCCAAUACCACGACCGGACGAUUCGCACUCCAGCUUGCCAAAUUAGCUGGUUUACGAGUCGCAUGCAUCGCCGAUCUUGCCAAGGGUGGACAGCGUCUGUCUGAGCUGGGUGCGGAUUUCAUGGUGGACAAACAUGACCCUCAGCGUGCUGUUGAGAUCUUGCGAGCCAUUACAGGACACAAGCUACGUCUUGGCAUUGAUUGUACGGGGAAGGAGACUGCGGAAAAUCUGCAGCAGGUGCUACAGUCGGACACGGCUACCACAAAGUCGCAUCUAGUUGGACUCACUGGUCUACCAAAGGAAGCGGCACCGAAUGUAGUACAUCACAAGAUCCCAAUCAAGCUGUUUCAUGAAUCGCCAGCAUUCGGCGAAGCAGAGAUGCAAUGGCUAGAAGAGCUCCUCGUCUUGAACAAGCUCAAGCUUCCAGAAGUUGAGAUCGCAGAAGGUGGACUUGCGGGAAUAAACAGCGCUCUUGACCGACUAAGGUCAGGUACUCUCAGCGGCAAGCGAAUCGUGGUACCAGUCGGGAACGAGUCUCGAAUCACUUCGCCACCGUCAACACCACAGACAAAUGGUAAUGAUGGCUUACUUCACAGCGGCGAAGAUCUCUCUUACCACGAAGCCAUCAAUAGCGAUCCAGACCGAAUCAAGUUCGCAUAUUGGGUACCUAACGUGUCCGGCGGCCUCGUCAUCUCCAAGAUUCCGCAGCGGACACAUUGGGAUCUGAAGAGCAACAUCCGCUAUGCAAAGACUGCCGAGCGCGUCGGCUUCGAGUACGCAUUAAGUCAGAUCCGAUUCAUGGCUGGCUAUGGAGCCGAGAAUCAGCAUGAACCUGUCUCGCUUUCACAAGCACUAUUGAGCAAGACCGAGAAGUUGAAGUUGAUUGCGGCUUUGCUGCCUGGGCCGUGGAAUCCAGCAGUCGCAGCAAAGCAGAUAGCUUCCAUUGAUCAUUACUGCGACGGUAGAGUAGCUGUGAAUGUAGUCAGUGGCUGGUUCAAGCUCGAGUUCACCAGCAUAGGCCAGUGGUGGCUCGACCACGCCGAGCGCUACCACCGCAGCCGGGAGUUCAUUGAGUGCCUCAAAGGCAUCUGGACGGAGGAAAAAUUCACCUACCGAGGCGACUUCUACCAAUUUCACGACUACACUCUCAAGCCCAAACCACUUUCUUGGCCAGGUCGUCCACAUCCCGGGAUCUUCCAGGGCGGCAACAGCAACGAUGCGCAGGAGAAUGCCGGCCAUGUUUCAGAUUACUACUUCAUGAAUGGCAACACUCUCGAAGGCUUCCAGACACAGAUUGCCAGCGUGCGCGAGAAGGCCAAGGCAGCUGGUCGCGAGGGCCAAGUGAAGUUCGCCUUGAAUGGCUUCGUCAUCUGCCGCGAGACGGGAGAAGAAGCUCAUCGUGUGCUCGCUGAGAUUCAAGGUAAAGCCGAUGCAGAAGCCGUCGAGGGUUUCCGUCAGCAGGUCCAGAAUGCUGGCGGUUCAGCCUCGAAUAAGUCAGGCAUGUGGGCGAACAGCAAGUUCGAGGACCUCGUGCAAUAUAACGAUGGCUUCAAGACAAAGUUGAUUGGAACGAAGGAGCAGAUUGCGGAACGCAUCAUGUUGCUGAAGUCGUUGGGUGUAGAUAUCUUGUUGACUGCCUUCUUGCAUUACGAGGAGGAAAUUGAAUUGUUCGGUAAGGAAGUCAUGCCGCUUGUUAGAGAGCUUGAGAAGCAGGGGAGAGGGAAGAAUGAAAUGUUUGAAGUGGAGAGGACCGGGGACGUGUAUAGGAAGAAGUGA